CUUAGCAAAACCUCUUCCAUAACUAAAGAAUUUCUUCUUGUCUUGUGUCAAUUGGUUCCAUAUUACUUUAGACAACACAUCUGGGCAACAUCAAACCUAAGACUCCAUAAAACUCAAUUUUUUGUAUAGAUUAUUAAAGCCUCAAGCUUCUUGCCGGAAAAAAAAGUUCGACGUUUAGUUUGACAUAUCUGAAAAAUUGAGAGAGAGAGAGAGAGAUAUUUUACCAAUUUAAAAUUCAACAUAUUUUAAAACCCACCAAAAAAAUAACAAGUGAGGAAACGGAAAAAAAAAAGAAGCCAAAGUUCAGUUUGCUACAGUUGAGAGGUUAUUGGUGUAAUUAACCACCCGAAAGUACCUCGGUAGUUAUAAGUGUCCUAGAGUGACAAUAAAAACUUAAAAGUGACCUGCAAUAUUAAUAACUCUUUAUAAAAUAUGAAGGAAAGGAAAGCCAUCCAGUUGUAUUAACGACAUCCUUAAAUGUAUAAAACCAGGAUGCUUUAUGUGCAUACUCAACGAUAUAUAGCGAAACCUUUAUAAAUUAAUAAUGUUGAGAUUACACCAGAAUUAUAAUUUUUUUAUUAAUUUAUAAAGAUAUUAAUUUAUCGAUAUACUAAUUGAACCAAAAAUUCAAUUUGAAACCAUAAAAUUAUAUUAUUUUAUGUAAAUUUUUAGUAUAUAUUAAUUUAUAAAAUAUUAAUUUAAAAGGUUAUACUGUACACAGUUACACACGUCUUAUUUACGGAAAAUGUUUCCUUUUUGCUAACGGAAAAUGUUUCUUGUUAGCACGAAUUAAACUAUCCGACGUGGCUUUUAUAGAAAACAAUUUAUGGCAAAGGUAAGACAUUGUUUCCGUCAUGAAAAGAAAAACUAUGGCAAAGGCUAAAAAAAAAGACAAGAAAUAGUAUGAAAAUACUGCGUCGUCAGAGAAAGAACUUUGUUUUAUACAACUAAAAUAAUUUGAACCUUUAUAUUCCGGUAUUAAUAUAUGUUUAUAUUUUUGUAUUACUAUGGUUUCGUACAACCAAAUUUGAUUAAGCUAAUUACUAUGGCUUCGUACAACCAAAUUUGCCGAAGCCGAGCGAAUUAGUACAGUAUUAUUUAGAAUCAAAUAAUUCAAUAUUCCAGUUCAUUCUCUUGCCUUCAUCAUUUCCAUUUUUUCCAUUUAUAGUUUUAUUUAAACAUCUCUCUUCUCUCUCACUCUCUCUAGAUCACUACUUCUUCUCCCUUAAGCUCAAUCACAACAAACUCACAAUCAAAUAAAAUAAGAUAUAUAAACACACAAAGAGACCGGCCUCCAACUGAGUCAGAAGCUUUAUCUCUCUCCCCCUACAUCCUUACUUUCUUCUUGAAACUACAGACAUGGACGAUAAGUGGAAGGUGUCGAAAAAGGAUGCAUCGUCGUCAUCUUCUAGUUCCUCUAAAUCCAAGUUCUCUAGAAGCUUCUCAACGAGUGCUUCAUCCACAAAGGCUCCUGUAUUUAUACGGAGCUCGUCGACCAAAUGCUCAGUGCCAUCUUCUUCAUCCUCCAUCUCCAGAAGCUCAUCGAAGAAAGAGAAAGGAUCAUCGUCAUCUUCCAUUACCCAAAAGUACAGUAGCUUGGCCAAAGAACAAAAAGGAAGGUUUUAUAUCAUGAGAAGGUGUGUGGCUAUGCUUGUCUGUUGGCAUAAACAUGAUUCCUAGCUUAGAUCUCAUGCAUUCUACACUCCUUUUGUUUGGUAUUAGAUCACUUUGAUUCUGUACUCUAGGUUGUUGCUACAAGUUUCUAUACUAAGUACAUUGUAAGAAAGAGAUUCUUUUGAUAAUUAAUAUAUUAUUGUUAUUAUUAUUUUGAUAAUUAAUAUAUUAUUAUUAAUUUCAUAACUUAUGUAUACAGAUGUAUAAAUAAUUUAAACUUCAAA